UUUUCACAUCGUUGCUACCUUUUCAAAACCCCAUAGAGUCUUUGCUUUGUUUGUGGCCAUUCAAUCAAACCCAAAUUUUCAUCUCUCACUCGCUCAUCAUUCCACCAUUCACAAGUGAUUUGUGGUGAAGUUCAGGUUUUUGAGUUGAGUUUGUGCAAUUAGGUGAAGUUUUGGAGAAGUAGAUUGAGGGAAUUGGAUUGGACAAUUUGCUUGUAGUUUGAUUCAGUAUAAAGUGAGUUGAAAUGAGUGUGAUAGGGUUUGACAUUGGUAAUGAGAACUGUGUCAUUGCUGUGGCAAAGCAUCGUGGGAUUGAUGUUUUGUUGAAUGAUGAAUCCAAACGGGAAACUCCUGCUGUUGUCUGUUUUGGCGAGAAGCAGCGGUUUUUAGGGUCUGCUGGUUCUGCUUCUGCUAUGAUGCACCCGAAGACAACGAUAUCUCAAGUGAAGAGAUUUAUAGGUAGGAAAUUUCGUGACCCUGAUAUGGAAAGGGAUCUGAAAAUGCUCCCUCUUGAAACUUCUGAAGGCCCAGAUGGUGGUGUUUUGAUUCAUUUGAAAUACAUGGAGGGGACUCAUACGUUUACACCGGUUCAAAUAAUGUCUAUGCUUUUUGCUCACUUGAAGACUAUGACGGAAAAGGAUUUGGAGGCACCCAUCUCGGAUUGUGUUAUUGGUAUCCCAUCGUACUUCACCGACUUGCAGAGACGGGCAUAUCUUGAUGCGGCAAAAAUUGCUGGGUUGAAGCCUUUGAGAUUGAUACAUGAUUGUACUGCAACUGCCCUUAGUUAUGGAAUUUACAAAACAAAUUUUCAAAAUGAUAGUUCAACUUAUGUUGCAUUUAUUGACAUUGGUCACUGCGAUACUCAAGUCUGCAUUGCAGCAUUCGAGUUCGGACAAAUGAAGAUACUUUCACAUGCUUUUGAUAGGAGCUUAGGUGGGAGGGACUUUGACGAGGUUCUAUUUACUCAUUUUGCUGAAAAAUUCAAGGAACAGUACAGCAUUGACGUGUAUUCUAAUGCCAAGGCAUGUAUUAGGCUCCGUGCAGCAUGUGAGAAACUGAAGAAAGUUUUGAGUGCGAAUCCAGAGGCACCGCUAAAUAUUGAGUGUUUGAUGGAUGAAAAAGAUGUUAAGGGUUUUAUCACUAGAGAAGAAUUUGAGAAUCUCGCAUCGGGAUUAUUGGAGAGAAUUUCUGAACCUUGCAAUAAAGCAUUAGUUGAAGCAGGCUUGGUUGCAGAGAAGAUUGCUUCUGUAGAGCUAGUUGGUUCAGGUUCUAGGAUUCCAGCAGUAAGCACGUUAGUAUCUUCUCUAUUCAAGAGAGAACCCAGCCGAAAGCUGAAUGCAAGUGAGUGUGUAGCUCGUGGUUGUGCUCUACAAUGUGCUAUGCUCAGUCCCACAUAUCGUGUGAGAGAAUACGAGGUCCAGGAUAUUAGUCCUUUUUCAUAUGGACUUUUAUCAGAUGAAGGUCCAAUUUCGGCAGGACCAAAUGGUGUAAUUGUCCCAAAAGGCCAACCCAUUCCAAGUACUAUAGUCCUACGACUCCAGCGAAAUAAUUUGUUCUAUUUGGAAGCUUUCUAUGCAAAUCCACAAGAACUACCACCUGGAACAGAUCCCAAAAUUAGUUGCUUCACGAUUGGUCCUUUGCUUGGAUCUCAAGGUAGUAAGACAAGAGUUAAAGUUCGAGUUCAACUAAAUCUGCAUGGGAUUUUCAGUAUUGAGUCAGCUAGAGUAAGCAACAAGUUUCAUUUUAACAUUUUGUGUUAUGAAUUGAGUUUUUAUGAGAGAUCUAAUUAUUAUGCACAAACUUUUGCGUGGCUUCAGAUGAUCAAGGAUCAUGCGGAUGAUCAUGAUUCAAAUUUAGUUGCUAUGGAUGUUGAUCCCGUGCCUGAGAACUCUGAGAACUCAGAUAGUACCAAUUUUGUUGCCAAUGGCGCUGAAGAUAGUACCAAUAAGUGUGAUCCUCCACAAAAUUCUGCUGAUCAUUCAAGAAAAGAUAAAGCUAACAGAAGGAUUCCUAUUCCAGUGAAUGAGAAUAUCUAUGGUGGAAUGACAACGGCAGAAAUUUCUGAAGCUCGUGAUAAAGAACUCCAGUUAGCCCAACAGGACAGAGCUGUGGAGCUAACCAAAGAAAAGAAGAACACCUUGGAGUCCUAUGUCUAUGAGACGAGGAGUAAGCUCUUCAACACUUAUCGGAGCUUUGCAAGUGAGCCAGAGAGGAAUGACAUAUCUAGGAGUUUGCAAGAGACUGAGGAUUGGCUUUAUGAGGAUGGUGAUGAUGAAACCGAACAUGCUUAUACCUCAAAAUUGGAAGAUCUGAAAAAGCUGGUGGAUCCAAUUGAGAAUCGGUACAAAGAUGAUGAAGAAAGAGCGCAAGCUAUAAAAGAUUUAUCAACACUCAUUUCAAAUAUUCACACGUUUUCAGAUUCCCUUCCACUCCAGUAUAAAGAAUAUCUCAUCGAUGAGACUAAUAAAGCAGAACAGUGGCUAACAGAGAAGGUGCAACAACAAGAUUCUUAUCCUAAGAAUAUUGAUCCGAUAUUCUGGUCAAGUGAUAUUAAGAGAGCAUCACAUCAUCUCCAACAAGUUUGGGAAAGGAUAGCGUCAUCUAGGAGAACUUCCGAAGACAAUGACAAAGACAAGAUGGAUAGUUCCAACGAUUCAUGAAUCGUUGAUUGGGCAAAAGUGAAAUUAAAGACAUAAUUUUUCAUCACUGAUACCUUCUGACAAAUAUAGAAAAAAAAAAAAAUUCUCCUGCUUUUUUUUUUUUUUUUUUUUUUUUUUCAUUUCUCACAUUUCACCUUCCCUGCUUUGGAGAUUUGAAUGAGGCAUUUUAAGUAGAUAAAGUCAUUUACAAUAAUUUGUUUUUCCAAGGUUUCUAGGGAUUUUUUUUAUGUUUUCACUAAUCUUUGUGAUGUGAUCUAGUUUCUUCAAAUGAAUCAAAUAGGUUAUGCUUAAGUGGGGGAAAAUGCUUGAAUUAUAUAUGCAUGUAUUAUUGGUGGAACAUGUUUCUGCAUUGUCCUAAAAAAAUCAUAGUUAAGCUGUGUGAAGCUUGUAAAAUACUACCACAUAACUUUUAUUA